AUGCGCCCAUUUACGCUCGUUCCCCUUUUGACAUUUGGUUCCCGGAGUGUUCAGAUUGGCAAUUACGUUAAACGCCGUAAAGUUCGUCGAAUCGCGUCCAUCGAGAACUUGAACGACUCAGCUGAUCGUUUUGUUGAUGUCUUACGUUGUGAUACAGGAGCGACAUUUGUAGCCGGUCAUCCAUCAUCACUCAAGCUCAAGAUUCUUAUCGAAUGUAGGAACAGUGGUGAAUUCUUGAAAACCAGGUCGAUUGAACUAGUAUUUGACAAAUACACCGGAGCGGUACUAUACUCUUCCAGAAAGUACCCUUGGCCCCAUGGCCACGAGUUAUCUUUUUCCGGGUGGCGUAGUGCUUAA